CUAUUUCAAUUCGAUAUUGAACACGUUUCUUCCCGCUUCCGUUUCCGAAAGCUGUGUAUGGUUUUUUGUAGAAUUUGUAGAAAUAAAUAAAUCCAAAAGAUGGCCAAGUCUAAGAAUCACACAAAUCAUAAUCAGAACAGAAAGGCGCAUCGAAAUGGUAUUAAAAAGCCUAAGAGAUAUAGGCAUGAAAGCACACUUGGCAUGGACCUGAAAUUCUUGAGAAAUCAACGCUUUGCAAAGAAACAUAACCUGAAACCGAAAGCUCAGUUAAAGAAGGCAGAACAACGAAAAGCUCUUCGUGAAGUUAAAAAUAAGAAAUAAAUUCAGUGUAAACUAAUGACUCUAUUAAAAUAAAUAAAAAAAAACACA